AGUGAUAAGUAGGCAAGUGGAAUGUGAAAAAUGUACGUGAGCACUGAGCUGUCUGUAUUGUUCUUCUAGUUUAUACUCACUACUACUACCAAAUACUAUAGAUAAGAUAGAUAUCUAUGGUAUUUUCUACUACUCAGGUUUUAGUUGUAGUUGUACAACUUAAGUUACCGUCUGCUAGUAAAAAUGAUAAUUACAAAGCAGGUAUGUAGAAAAAUUGCUAUUUAGUAAUUCGUAGUGGAUUUAAUAAAUUGUCAUUUACCAAGAAUGUAUAAAACAACGUUCUAAACAAAUUUCAAAGAUGUCAAAAUUAAUGAAUAUUAUGAAACAUUCAUAAAUCUCAACCGCAGCAAUGGUGUAUAGAAGCACAACUGGUAAUAGGUCCAAAAUAUGUGCAUUGCCAAUGCCUCUAUUAAUGGGCUUUUUUAUUGGUAUUAUGUCAGUUUAUACUUAUUAUUUGGUAAUGAAUUAUGAAAACAACACAAAGUUAACUCCAGUUCCAGUUACACAUUUUAACAGUCAAAUAAAGUUGAAUCAUCGCCAUUAUCAUCUAGUAGAUCUAACAAAACCAACUAUAAAUCAUAAUAUAUCACUAUUGUGUCUUAUAUUUAUUAAUGAUAUAGACUCAUUACUUAUGCAACACAAUGUUUGGCUCGAUAAAUGUGGCAACAACAAAAUGUAUGUGAGUAAGCAAGAGCACAAAUAUAUUGAUCAUGUUGUAACUGAUACUUAUUCUUCACAACCAUGGAAGUAUUACUGCCAGACUAUGAUGUUCUUACAUAACAAAUAUAAUUCUCAUAACAUUAAAUAUGAUUGGAUAUUUUUGGCCAAGGAUAAUGUUUGGUUAAUUUAUGAAAACUUAUUACAUUUAAUAUCAUUAUUGAAUGUCAAUAAACACAAACAUAAUUAUUAUGCUGGGCAAUAUAUCAACGGUGUAUUAAGUAUCAACGCAGGUGUACUGUUUAAUACAAAUACAUUAACAGCUUUAGUGCAUUUAAUCAGUAAUAUGGAUGGUUGUAACUCGGAAGUAUCUAACAGUGAAAGUCAAAUGUUAGAUUAUUAUUUAAGAAAACUGAAUAAUGUUAUACCAAUUAACAAUAUGGAUUCAUACGGUUGUACCUUGUUUCAUUCAAUAACUCUUUUUAAAAGUUUUAAUGUAAAAAGCUUGAGACCUGAAAUACUUGAUAAAUGUAUGAGUAGAUUUGCUAUUACAUUUCAAAUAGACUUAUCUUCAAAUCACUAUGCAAUGUUUUACAAGUAUGUCUUAUACAAAAUCAGAUUAGUAACCAAACAAGAUCUUAUGUCUAAUGCUAAUAGAAUUAUAGCAGAACCUUCCCCAGAAGAUGUAAACAUUUGGAGGAGGGAAACACUUUAUGAAUUGAAUCUCGACCCUAGUAAUACGUCCCAAACAGAUUUUUUUUACUACUGGUUUAAGAAACGUCAAAUCAUAUUAUAAUUGUUAAGUUCUAACUAUUUUAAUUUAGAUACAUUGGUUGUGGUUUCAGUGGUAUGGUUAACUAAAAAUGUUUUAAUUUAAAUUAUUCUUAUCCAAUAUUCACCAAUAACUAUCCUCAGUCAAUUUAUAUUAGACAUUUUGCUGAAAAUAGAAUUUGGUUCACAAUACUGUUUUAUGGAAUUCCAAAAUUACCCUUUAUAUUAUUUUCUUUCCAUACCAUUGUAAUAUUUAAAAAACAGGGUAAUUUAAAUAAUUGUUUAUAAUUUGUAUUUUUAAGUCAAGUAUUUGUAAUUUGUAAUAGAAGUACAACUAUAGAAUACAACUAACUUCUAGUCUGUAAAUUCUAGUGAAAUUAUGCAGCUAUAUAUUAAUAGCUGAAUUUUGAAUCUAAGAUAUUUAAACCUAUAUAAAAUGAUACUUAAUUUUUUUUAAACGUGAUGUCAUUACAUACAUAUCAUUUGCAUUAUAAUUUUAGACAAUUUUGUAAAUAUUAUUUUAAAGCUUGUGUAAAUCUAAAUUUAAAUGUUAUUUUAUUUUUUGUUCGUGUAUGUGAAUUUAUUUCAUACAUUUUUUUUAUUUUGGAUAAAAUUUAUAUGUUUUAAUAUCUCUGAAUAUUUUAAAAAUAAAAUAUAAAACUGGGUUUGUCUUGUCAGUAAAUUGGCAGAACCGCAGAACAUAUAAUACAAUUAAACUACAAUAACAUACUGAUCGCACACUGAGUAUGAUGUAAUACUGAUAUAUUAUACUCAUAUAAAUUAAUCAUGGUAUUAAAAUAACUACAGCUUUCAGACCUGUUAGUGGUAUGUGAAUUUUUUAAUUUUUUAUUCUUUUACAUUUGUAUGAAACAAAUUAAAUUAUUAUUUUUGUUUACAUUAGGUUAAAAAAAACUGAUUAAUAUAUGUAUACUUAUUAUAUUUUACAGUAAACACUCAUUAUUUCAAAGUGUUUAUGUUUUUGAAAAUAUUUUUUUAUGUAAUUAAAACAAUAUUUAUGAAUAAAAAUGUAAUUUUUACUAUUUUUUAUGGUUUCUAUUUUAGAUUUUCAGACGAAUGUAUUGAUUUUAAAAUAAAGUAGUUUUUUUCUA